UGCUCCCAGCCAACAAAAUGACACAUUUUCGUGCAGGUGUCGCAGAUAUACGGUUUGUUCGAUUCAGAAAAGUGGAACGGCACCACAAACGGAAAGAUACAGGUGGUGCCAGUUAUGGUAUGCCGGGCAGCACCCACUCAUUGCAAGGUUCAAGGGUUCAUUGGACUGCUGCGGCACGUUGCCUUGCAGCACGUUCAUUCGAGCACGAGGGUGAAGGGUGCACCGCUGCACUGUAGAUAAUCGAAGGCCUGGGUGAAGUGCACUGUUAAGUGGUGCACUCACGAAAAAAGGGUGGUCACCUCAAUGACAGUGCGCACAAGCAUGGAGGCAAUGUCAUAUCAGCUGGGGAAGCCACAAACCCACCUCGUUGACGCAUUGCUAUUUCUUUGUUUUCCAGACACCGUACAAUCCCCACUACUGCAGGGAAGCUCUGCGAUGGCCAUACAGAGGACGGUGUAUUUGAGCAGCUACCUGCUUGUCAUUGCCGCGCUCACAGCCGUGUGCUUGGUGCUACAUGACGUCCCCUAUCUUUGGAGGCAUGCGCCGUAUCACUUUCUGAAAGCCGCGAAAUCACAGAACACACUAGCAGAUCGUGUCAAGUUGGUUGUGGUGACGUGCGACAGCGUGCUCAACUUGACUCUAGCCAACAUCAAGUCAGCUGUCGCUUUCACGGCAAUGCCAUUGGAGCUGCUGCUUUUCACCGACGAGAAGAACAGAGAGGCUUUGCAACAGAUGAUCUCACUGUGGCCUGAGAGCGUGCUGAAGCGUGUUCAUUACAAAGUGUCAGCAGUGAAGUUUCCCGAGCCUGAUUCCAAAAGGUGGCGUGGCCUCUUCCAACCUUGUUCAUCUCAGCGCCUAUUUCUUCCUAGCUUGCUGCCGGACGUGGACGCUGUGAUCUACGUGGACGCCGAUGUCCUUUUCGUAAGCCCAAUUGAGAGGCUGUGGCAGCACUUCGCAUCCAUGAACAGUUCGCACCUGGCGGCCAUGGCCCCCGAGGGUGAGGAAUAUGCCAGUAAUUGGUACCGGAACUCCGCCAGGCAUCCCUUCUAUCAACCUCUUGGUGUCAACUCAGGCGUGAUGCUAAUGAAUCUUACCCGCAUGCGGAAGUUUGGCUGGGAGGAGCACAUGAGGCCACUGCUGGAGAUCUAUGGCGAGAACAUGCCCUGGGGUGACCAGGAUCUCCUGAACAUCUUCUUUGGCACCCACCCUGAACUCUUGUUGGUGUUUUCGUGCCGGUGGAACUACCGGACCGACCAUUGCAUGCACGGAACAUACUGCACUGAGGGACCACCGGCUGUUGUGCACGGGUCACGCAACGUCUUCGCUCAGUACUCGCAGCCGGCUUUCUGGGAACUUCACCAGGCCAUGGGGGAGUACGAGCUUGGCGAAAGCCUCGGGGACACCUUCAUCGAGGUUUUCAAGGAUCGACUUAGCAAGAGUCGCAAUACUAGCUGCGGGCACGAGUUCCUCAAGCAUGUGGUUCACUGGGAGAAGACGGCACGCGCCAUCGACAAUGCUACCAACAAGACCCAACAGAAUAGAGCACAGGGUCUGGAGAAGAAUCUGAGUAGAGCAAUGUAACAAUUCAUAUUAUUUUAUUACAGUACUUCAUCGCUUGUCACGCCUAUGUUCUCACCGAGAUCAGUUAUACUUGAAUAUGCCAUGAGAAAAGAAUAGUAUUUAGUGAAAUGAAGUCUUGCGUUAUAACGGCUUCUCAUAUUUCAAACUUCUUAUAGUAUAGAGAAGGACCCCUUUGUAGCUUUCCACCUGGCUGCAAGUAAGAUAAGGGAAAUGUGAGAAACAGGAAAAUUAUUGAGCAAGCAUACUGCUAAAAUCACGCGAACAUGCUGCUAAAGAAUAAAAGACGGAGACUGUGCAUGGCUAACCCUCCGAAGAAUUUGCAGUCAAAGACUGAUUAUAGGGCCUCAAUAGGGACUCUAGAACUCGGAAAUAUUGGAUUUGGCAAUGAAUGAGCGGCUUAUUUCAAUUGCGGCCGAAUGAGCUAUGUUGACUGUGUCGUAUUCUAGCAUCGUCACUCUCCGGGAUGCUUUAUAUUGCGUAAGAUGUCAUUUGACUAGCGCUAGCAAUAACUUUCCUGGUACAGUGCCAAUCAUGAUGUCUUAUCAUCGUUUUAGAAUCGCUGUCACCCGUAAACCUGUACGGUGCAGCGAAACUUGUAGCAUCCUCGAAAGUAGUCGUCCAAGAGUAUGGGCCCAACCAUUCCAAUGUGUUGAAGCACGCUCACAUACGCUUGCCUGAGACCUUCUAAGUCCGUAUUUCGACGAUUGGUAUGCUGUCUCUACAGAUACACGAAGAUACAGACAAUGCCGUAACCUUAACUUCAUACUGUGGCAGCAUAACCGAAAUCGAGCGAGUUCCGAUAGCCUGCAGGUUUUUUUUUUUUUUUUGUUAUUGCGUGGCGCAGUUCCCACAAGCGUAAAAUAUAGUAGUGCGUUCUCUCAUCUGUGUACAAUCCUCCAUUCCAAAACUUUGUUCAAAAAAUCGUGUCCGUUGCGAGCCUGUUUUUUUCUUCGGCCAUAGUGUUCACAUAUUUUCUGUAUGAUGGCAUUAAAAGGCAUUGCCUAGCGAAAACUCCAGCUGUCAGUGUCGAUGUCACAAGUUUCUCUUUAGUGCACUACCAUACAGUGGCUCCCAAUUUAUUUAUUAUUGUGUAGAAUUAAAGGUGCGCUCAUUUUUAUCAUAUUUAUGGAAUUUCUUGAUAAUCACAAGAUUGCAUUCCAGGUGCCUGUUAGAAAAAAUGCACAAAAGUGUUGUUCCUGCAAUUUAGCUGAUUCUUGUUUUGUGACAGUUCUCUACGCAUUUCUUUGGGAUUCUCAAGUUUGUUGCAUUUAUUACUGCCACAAGAAAAAUGAAAUGCGCAGUACAGCGGUGCUAUGUGGCUUGGAGUGAUGGACGCGUGCAUUACGCGUCCGUCACUCAUUGAAGGCGUUCCAUCAUACAUGUUCCAUCAUACAUUGAAGGCGUUCAAUUACGCGUCCAAUGUGUCACUUUUACGUUUGCAGAAAAGCCCACGUUAGGGAAACCUGCAAUGUUCGAACUAGUCCUGCGGCCU